GAGAGGAGUGGCGAUGUUGCAGGGGCUGCUCCGGCUACUAACCUUGGCGCAGAGGCUGGGGGGAGGCGCGGAGCUGCACAGGCUGACAGUCAGCAGGAAGUUCAGCGCAGGCAUGGAGGAGGAGGCGAAGCGGAAGGCUGGCUACAUGGCCGUGGAUAACCAUGUGCAGAAUAACCAAGCUUUGGGUAUCGGGAGUGGAUCGACAGUAGUCUACGCAGUGGAGAGAUUAGCUAAACGGGUUCAAGAUGAGAAUCUGAAAGUUGUGUGUGUACCUUCCUCCUUCCAGGCUCGCCAACUGAUCCUCCAGCACAAUCUACAUCUCAGUGACCUGGACAGACACCCUGAGGUAAAUGAUCUUGUUACGUCGCUUGCUCUAGAGGAUGGGUGUGUCUGCUUUUCCAACAGAGGCUGCUUGACUCAAGAGAAGAUUAUUGCCGCCUGUGCAAAGACGUUUAUUGUCAUUGCUGACUAUAGGAAGGAUUCCAAAAGCCUGGGUGAGAAAUGGAAGAAAGGUGUUCCAAUUGAAGUCAUUCCGAUGGCUUGUGUUCCAGUGACCAGGGCCAUCGUUGCUAAGUACGGAGGAAAUGCCGCGCUGCGAAUGGCAGUCAGCAAAGCUGGACCAGUGGUGACGGAUAACGGGAACUUGAUCUUGGACUGGAAGUUCUCUAAUAUUUCCAAUUGGAAAGAUGUCAAUGUGGGCAUUACAAUGAUCCCAGGAGUGGUGGAGACAGGUCUAUUCAUCAACAUGGUAGAGAGAGUUUACUUUGGGAUGAAGGAUGGAACUGUCUUCUCCCGGGACAGACCGUCACACUGAACAAGGGAGCACCAGGAACAAUGUCUUCCCUCCAUUGUGAAGAUCACUUUGCCUUAAACUUUCUGAUUUCAAUCCUCAUUGAGUUUAUCUGCCAAAUAUUUUAUUUUUGCAGGUUCUUUUGUUUGUAUUAUGCAGCCUCUUACAUAUCUUCAGCCCUUGCUGCAAUAGCUGUUUACAGCUGCCUUACUCUGAGUUAUUCUGCCCAGGUGGGGACCACGCAGAUUCCUGCCUCAGCUCCCAUGCUGUCGAUUGGCCUACACGACCCAAGAAUGAUUGUAGGUCAUCUCUCUGAGUUUGUCAUGUGAAGAUUACAGCACAGGCGGAGAUGUACCCGACACCUCCCCCUCAGCAGGCAAACGCCCUUGACAAUCCUUCCAACAUACCAACCGUCCUUAUGAACAUUGAACUCUCCAAAGUGCUGGAGUAACUCAACGGGUCAAGCAGCAUCUUUGGAAAACAAGGCUGGGUGACGUUUCAGGUCAAGACCCAAGACGGUUGCAGAGCAGUAGAGUUGCCUUAGGGUCCCAGGUUCGAUCCUGACUACGGGUGCUUGUUUGUACAAAGUUUGUACGUUCUCCCCGUGACUGCGUGGGUUUUCUGCGGAAUCUUCGGUUUCCUCCAAUUCUCAAUUUUUCCAACUUUAACCAACAGGGCCUUUGGCCCAACUUACCCACGUCGACCAACAUGCCCCAUCUACACUAGACCCACCUUCCUACGUUUGGCCCAUAUCCCACUAAAGCUAUCCUAUCCUCGUACUUGUCCAAAAUACAUUUCAACAUUGUGAUGGUAUCUGACUCAACUACCUCUUUCCAUAUACGUACUGCCCUUUGUGUA